AUGUUCAACCAUUGUUCAUCACACUGUCUCAACACCCACCCACAUCUCCCUCCACCUCUACCGCUGGCCAUCCAGCCUCGAAAACACGUCAAAAAGAGCCUGCCCACGUCGCAGAUGACAUGGCGUCUCGACUCAACCCUGCCAUUCUCCCAGGUCUCAGCCCCACUGGUCAUUGCUCACGCCGCCCUCACCCCCACCUCACCCCUCCCCUUAACAGGGAUAUGGGUCUUGCUCUUUGCCCCAGCGUGCACUCUCCCCCACUUGGCCCUGCCUCUUGGCCCUUGCCUCCCCCCUCCUUACCUCCCCUAUCCUCAGAGCCAUGGCAUCUAUGAGAUGCCAUGUAAUGUUCAGAUGGGGCAACAGGGCAAGGACGACAACAGGACGAGGACAGCAACGGGGCGAGGAGGGGGCGACGAGGCAGAUGGCAACAGGGCAGGGAUGAGGAUGGUGACAGGGCGAGGAUGGGGCGAGGGUGAGGAUGAGGAUGGGGCGAUCACAACGAGGACAACGACGAGAUGA